GGAAGAUCAUCUGNUCACCCGAUACAGAAGCGUCUGGCCAAGAUGAAUGGCACCCAGUGUGGGUAUUGCUCCCCGGGAUUCGUGAUGAACAUGUACGGGCUGCUGGAGCAGCACCAGGGACAGGUGAGCAUGGCGGAGGUGGAGAACUCAUUCGGAGGCAACAUCUGCCGCUGCACCGGCUACCGUCCCAUACUGGAUGCCAUGAAGUCCUUUGCGGUGGAUAGUGACAUUCAGGUGCCCGCGGAAUGUGCGGACAUUGAGGAUCUUAGCCUGGAGGCCCGCAACUGUCCCAAGACGGGAGAGCCCUGCAGCGGCAGUUGUCAUCGUUCCACUUUGAUCUACGAGGAUGGCAGCCAGUGGCAUUGGCCCAAGACAUUGAAGGAGCUGUUUGAGGCACUGGACAAGAUCGGAGAGGCGGAUGAGUUCAUGCUGGUGGCUGGCAACACGGCGCAUGGUGUCUACAGGCGAUCGACGGACAUUAAGCACUUCAUCGAUGUGAGUGGAGUGGAGGAGCUGCAUGGACACAGCACUGAGGGGCAGCAGCUGAAGCUGGGAGCGAACCUCAGUCUGACGCAGACCAUGGACAUCCUGCGCAAGACAUCCAAGCAGCCUGGCUUUGAGUAUCUCGAGGUUCUGUGGAACCACUUGGAUCUCAUUGCGAAUGUUCCCGUGCGAAAUUCGGGCACUUUGGCUGGAAAUAUUUCGAUCAAGAAACAACAUCCCGAGUUCCCAUCGGAUGUGUUUCUCUCCUUUGAGGCUUUGGAUGUCAAAGUUGUGGCCAUGAAGAGCGCCACGGAAGAGCAGCAAAUGGCUCUGGCGGAUUACUUGAGUGAUUCCAAUAGGAAAUUGGUCAUCAAGGAGUUCCUGCUGUCUGCAUAUCCCAAGGAUAAGUUUAUCUACGAGUCCUACAAGAUCAUGCCACGUGCCCAGAAUGCCCAUGCCUAUGUCAAUGCUGCAUUUCUGCUCGAGCUGGACAGCGGUUCCAAGGUGAAGAGUGCCAGGAUCUGCUUUGGUGGCAUUCGCCCUGACUUUGUCCACGCCACAGCCAUUGAGCAGUUGAUGGUGGGACACAGUCCCUACGAGAGUGGCCUCAUAGAACAGACUUUCGACACACUCCCAAGUCAGUUCAAUCCAGAUGAGGUGCUGCCCGAUGCCAGUCCGGCGUAUCGGUCGAAAUUGGCUUGCGGUUUGCUCUACAAGUUUCUGCUGAAGCAUGCCCCAGAUGCAGACGUCGGAGAGAAGUUCAAGAGCGGCGGCCAGCUUCUGCAGCGACAACUCUCCUCCGGUCUGCAGCUAUUCCAGACACAAAAGCAGAACUAUCCAGUCACUCAGGCAGUGCAGAAGUUGGAGGGAAUGAUCCAGUGUUCUGGCGAGGCGACCUACAUGAACGAUGUGCCGACCACCUCCAACACCGUUCACUGUGCCUUUGUAGGGGCCACUAAAGUGGGAGCCACCAUCGAUGACAUUGAUGCCAGAGAGGCGCUGCUGCAGCCUGGUGUGAUAGCAUUCUACUGUGCGAAGGAUAUACCCGGUGCAAACACCUUUUCUGAUCCCAGCUUUGGCUAUCAGCCCGAGGAGAUCUUUUGCUCCGGACUGGUGCGCCACUCCGAACAACCAGCGGGAGUGGUCGUGGCACUCACUGCAGAUCAGGCUCAGCGGGCAGCAGCGCUGGUCAAGAUUAGCUACAGUCAGACGAACUCUGACUUCAAACUGUUGCCCAGCCUGAAGCAUGUCUUUGCCUCUGGCACACCGGACCCUUCACGCAUCAUUGCAGUGGCCAAAUCGAAGCUAGAGGAAGUGACAUUCUCCGACAAGCCUGACAUGGAGGUCAGGGGCAUCUUCGACAUGGGUUUACAGUAUCACUUUACGAUGGAGCCACAAACGACGGUCGUGAUUCCCUUUGAAGAUGGUUUAAAGGUUUACUCCGCUACCCAAUGGAUGGACCACACGCAGGCUGUGAUUGCACACAUGCUGCAGAUGAAGGCCAAAGAUGUGCAGCUGCAGGUUCGUCGUCUGGGCGGUGGCUAUGGCUCCAAGAUAUCCCGCGGCAAUCAGGUCGCCUGUGCCGCUGCCUUGGCUGCCUUUAAGCUGAAUCGUCCUGUGCGCUUUGUGCAGUCUCUCGAGUCCAUGAUGGACUGCAAUGGCAAACGUUGGGCCUGUCGCUCUGAAUACGAGUGCCACGUGAAGGCCAGUGGCAAGAUGGUGGGCCUGUCCAAUGAUUUCUAUGAGGAUGCUGGCUGGAACACCAACGAGAGUCCGGUGGAGGGUCACUCCACCUACACGGCUGGCAAUUGCUACGAGUUCACGGACAGAAACUUCAAGCUCAGUGGCCAUGAGGUGCUCACAGAUGCACCCAGCUCCACGUGGUGUCGUGCCCCAGGCUCUGUGGAGGGUCUGGCCAUGAUGGAGAACAUCAUCGAGCAUGUGGCCUUUGAGGUGCAGCGUGAUCCGGCAGAUGUGCGUCUGGCAAACAUCAACAAGAAGACAAAGAUGGCCACGCUGCUGCCAGAGUUCCUGCAGUCGCGGGAGUACUAUGCCAGGAAAAAGGAGAUCGAUGCGCACAACGCGAACAAUCGCUGGACGAAGCGAGGUCUCGGCCUUGCCGUCAUGAAUUUUCCCGUCAUUUACAUAGGACAGUUUCCGGCUACGGUGGCCAUUUACCAUGUGGAUGGCACUGUUGUGGUUACACACGGAGGCAUUGAAAUGGGACAAGGCAUGAACACAAAGAUCGCCCAAGUGGCUGCCUAUACUUUGGGCAUCGAUUUGAGUUACAUCAAAGUUGAGUCCUCGGACACCAUCAAUGGCGCCAAUUCCAUGGUGACGGGCUAUGCCAUUGGCAGUGAGAGUGUCUGUUAUGCGGUGCGCAAGAUCUGCGACACACUCAACACACGUCUGAAGCCCGUGCGGAAGAGCAAGGCCAGCUGGGUGGAGACCGUUGAAGCCGCCAAUGCGGCGUUGAUCAAUCUGAUUGCCUCGGAUCACUACAAAACGGGUGACAUGCAGAAUUAUCAUGUGCUAGGACUGGCCCUCUCUGAAAUCGAAAUGGAUGUGCUCACCGGCAACAUUGUGAUACGCCGCGUCGACAUCCUCGAGGAUGCUGGCGAGAGUCUCAGUCCGUAUAUUGAUGUCGGGCAGAUCGAGGGCGCCUUUGUCAUGGGCCUGGGCUACUGGCUCAGCGAACUGCUCAUCUACGAGGGCGACAAUGGCCGCCUGCUGACCAAUCGCACCUGGAAUUACCAUCCACUGGGCGCCAAGGACAUUCCCAUCGAUUUCCGCAUUGAGCUGGUGCACAAUCCCAAGCCCAAUGGCGCGGGUUUUAUGCGUUCCAAGACCACUGGAGAGCCGCCCUGUUGCCUGGCUGUGAGUGUGAUUUUUGCCCUACAACAGGCACUGCAAUCCGCUCGCCAGGAUGCAGGACUGCCACGGGAGUGGCUGCGGCUAGGAGCGCCAACAACGCCCGAGACGCUGCUGCUCAGCGCGGGCCAUGAGGUGACGGAUUUUAAGCUGAAAUAGUUGUUUUGCAGCACCCAAAUGAAUAGCUCUUUAAAUUAUCUUUGGUUGUGGAUCGCCGCUCUCAAAAUAAACAACAGCAUUGCCAGAUCUGCUUCAACGCAAAAGCUUCAGUGAUUUGUACAUUUUCUCUCUUCCCACAUACCUGCAUACAUACAUGCAUGCCAUGAAAGCUUCACGUGUCGUCCCGUUUUGUUUUGUGUGUGUUCCGUUCCGCUCUCUCACGACUAACACUAAUUAUUCGGCAGCGCAACACUUUUUCAAUUGCUGUUUAACUUUUGACUCUGUUCGAACGCUUGACUUGAGUGUUUUAAUUAAUAUCACUUUAAAGCUUGUUUUUCUAGUUUUUCGAAUGUUGAAGCUUUUCGAAAACAAUUUUUGUUGUGGCUGCAAAACAUUGCUGAGAGUGAGAAUGGUAGAGGAAGGAGAGCGCAACAAAAUUUGCUAUUAUGCCGGCCGGCAAAUGCUUGCCCACUCUCUCACACACAUUCUCUCACGCGCUCUCUCUCUCUCUCUCUUUUAAACUCUUGAGAAACUUUACUGUAAUUACAAAGAGCACAUCUUCUAUGAGUACACUUCUGUUUUGGGUGUACACGUGACUCGUUAUUGCGUUUAAUUCAAAUCAAAUGCAGAUUAGUCUGUUCGGUUUGAAAACUCAUUAAAUAAACACAAAGCAAAUAUAUAUAAAUGGUUAGACGUUGAAAAGGCAGAUAUAACGACUUUAAUCCACAGUGUGCAAUCAAAAAUAAAUACAAGUUUGUAUGUGCAUUUGCAACUCCAACAAAGCCUAUCUUACUUGUAUUUGUAUAUAGUAAUUUGUUGACUCAACGAAGCGCCAAACGUUUUUUAGGGUAGGGUAUCUCAAGGGUACAUUUGUACGUUGGUAGAACCAAUUUCUAUUCAUUAAAAAAUGUCCAUUAACAACUCUCUGAAUAUAUUUGUUAGAAAUGUACACCUAGAAUAGUUUUUUAAAUAAAUUUACCAAGCUGCAAAACGUCAUUGGUUUAUCCAUUCGCUCAUAAUUUCAGCACAAAGUGUAUUCCCUGCUUCGUUGCAACCAAAGCUUGACCGCUUUUUCUUUUAAUUUUUUUUUUGCUAUUCUCGCAAGUAUCGUGACCAGGCGGCACAGCUGCCAAAACACAGCAACAAAAAACAGCUGACGAAUGGCGAACAAAAAAAGAAGGCAAAGAAACAAUCAGAAGCCAAAGCGCGGCACGGCAGAAUCGCCAAACAGUUUUCACGGAGCAGCAGCUGAAACGAAAACGAAACUAAACGAAACGGAACGCAACGGAGCUGUGGAGGCGCGAAUAGACUGCAAUUAUUUCCGAUCGGCGAUUGCAAGGCAUGAAAAUUUAACAAAAUUAUUGUUAAUUUAUACAGAGUUCCCGUCCAACUGACAUUUAUUUACGGCUGCCAUACACAAAAACGGCAAUCAAACUCCGUUGAACAGAUCAUCAAGAGGAGGCGAUGGUGAUUGGAGCGAUCGUUCAGUUAAGCAACGACAGUGCUUGAGGCAGGCAGCAUUUCGCAGUGGAACGAACGCCAGACGGAAAAUAUUUGAAAAGUGGCAACUAACUGAAUUAUUUUUAGAA